AUGAACUUCUUCUUAGACUAUGCAAUUUGUAACCGUGGGACGAGCGCCUACGCACCCAAGGACUUUCACCCUCACCAGCAGCAGACCCAACAGCAGCAGCAGCAGCAGCCCUUCGACCCAGGAGCCCCUUCUUUCCCAUCUGGUCCCGGUGCUUCUCCAGCUUUUGACAGCUACACUUCAGACGGACGCUAUGAUGCGGCUGGGGUGGGCCCUGCUGCUGGACCCAGCGCCCAACAGAGCUUCCACCACCAUCAGCACCACCAGCAUCAACUGCCUCCCAACCCCACUGGCCUUGGUGUCCCCUUCGCCCGGUCCUCCCAGCCUGGGGCAGGCGGUGGGGGCUUCUACGGAGCAGGCUUCCUCAACCAACAGUUCUACCUCGGCCCCCCAGAGACGGAGGGAGCCUACUUCCACCAGCCUUCGGCCUACCCGGUGGCUUUGGCAGCCCCCUCCACGCCUCCGUCUUCUUCUUCGGCCUCUCCUUCUUCUGCCUCGGGCCUGGGGAGCCUACCUGACAGCUUCUGCGCCGACCCCACGGGCCAGUUCCAGCCACCCCACCUCUAUGGGGCCGAACAAGGCGGCUACUUCCCUUUCGGCAACCUCUCGCCCCCUUUACCUGAGCACAAAGACCCCAGGGCUGCCUCUUUGACCCAACACGGGGAGGCUGCCACCGCCACCAGCCAAACCUUCGAUUGGAUGAAGGUGAAAAGGAAUCCCCCCAAAACAGCGAAAGCCUCCGACUACGGCCUGUGCGUGGCUCCGGGCAGCGCCCUCCGGACCAACUUCACCACCAAGCAACUGACGGAGCUGGAGAAGGAGUUCCACUUCAGCAAGUACCUGACGCGGGCCCGGCGGGUGGAGAUCGCCGCCACGCUGGAGCUCAACGAGACCCAAGUGAAGAUCUGGUUCCAGAACCGGAGGAUGAAGCAGAAGAAGCGGGAGAAGGAGGGCCUGCUGGCCGGAGCCCCCCUCGCCAGCGCCAGCGCCGCCUCGGCCAAGGAGAGCACCUCCGACGAGUCCAGCGGCUCCUCCACCCCCGACUCCUCGCCCGGCUCCGGCUCUUCUUGA